AAUACAGCCAUGUAAAUUUAACACCUACCAUACACGAGCACACACACAUAUAUUCACCAAAAAAAUAUAAUCUUCGCUUUUUUUUCUUUUCUCCAUCUCAAAAUCCACUCCGCUCCGGGAUUCAGGGUGUUAUUCGUUUAUCUCGCUCUGGCUUCGAUCCAGAACCGGAAAGUUUAUGCGAAUUUGGAAUCUGAUACGAUUCGAGGGUUUCGUUGUUGCAGUGUGUUGGGACCAUUCGUGGUCUUUGGUUAAUUUGAGUUUGAUUAGGGUUUCGCCGAUCUAAAUUUUUGUGGUGGCGAUUCUACUGCGGUAUUAUCCAAGAUGUUUUGGCGCAUGGCAGGAUUGUCCACGGCGUCUCCUGUGGAGGCGAUUUUGGAUAAAGAGAACUAUACAAUGGAGGAAUUACUUGAUGAGGAUGAAAUUAUUCAAGAAUGCAAGGCCCUUAAUGGACGCCUUAUCAACUUUUUGCGUGAAAGAGUUCAGGUUGAACAACUUAUUCGAUAUAUUGUGCUAGAACCUCCUGAGGAUGCUGAAAAGAAGCGGACUUUCAAGUUUCCUUUCAUUGCUUGUGAGAUUUUUACUUGUGAAGUUGACAUCAUACUCAAAACACUGGUGGAGGAUGAGGAGUUGAUGAACCUGUUGUUUUCUUUUGUGGAGCCAAAAGACUCUCAUAGCACACUGCUUGCUGGGUACUUCAGCAAGGUUGUCGUAUGCCUGUUGCUGCGGAAGACAGUUCCUUUUAUGCAUUAUGUAAAAAGUCAUCAGGGAAUUGUGAGGCAGCUAGUUGAUCUGAUUGGCAUUACAUCAAUUAUGGAGGUUUUAGUGCGUCUUAUUGGUGCUGAUGAACAUAUAUAUGCAAGUUAUCCAGAAGCAAUGCAGUGGAUGGAAGAAACAGAUGUUCUGGAGAUGAUUGUAGACAAGUUCAGCUGCUCAGAUUGCCCUGAGGUGCAUGCUAAUGCAGCUGAAACUCUUUGUGCUAUAACACGAUUUGCACCUCCCGGUCUUUCUACAAAAAUCUCCAGCCCAAAUUUUAUCGGAAGAUUGUUUAAAAAUGCUUUGGAAGAUUCACGACCGAAGUCUGUUCUAGUUAACUCACUAUCUGUGUGCAUCUCUUUGUUAGAUCCCAAGAGGCUAACCUUGGGGACAUACCAUACAUACAACCGCCAACUAACUCAUGGAUCUACAAUAACUGUUAAUUCUGAUACAAUUGAGGGAAUGUUGGAGAGCCUAGGUGAGCUUCUUUACUCAGUUGUUGCUAUGUAGUUUUAAGUAUUGUUGCAACAUCGCACAUCCAUAUCUUAGUUCUUUCCUUUUUUGCUUAUUCACCUUCCCAGAAAAUAUCUUUUGUUACAUGGACAAAUAAACAUCUUUGAAGAAUGUAUAAACACAAAAACUAAAUUUUUAGCAUGUUUUGUUAUUUAUAUUCCAGAUUAGAAAUUUUCUACUCUUGCAAAUCAACUAUUUGGUACGACCUUUCUUAAUUUGCAAAUGCAUUGUGUUUAUCUAUAAUCUAUAGUUUCUAGAGUAACAUAUGUAAAAUAUAAAAUAAGAAACUUAUGAUGUCUUCAAACGGGGACAUCUUCAAUUAUGAUUACUUCUAGCAUUAUGUACUUUUGGCAUCUUUUGGUGACUAGGUAGGGUAGUCUGGAGUAAUUUAUCCUUUUAUGUGAUGCUUACCCUUCCAUAUGUUUGGUUAAGUAAAUAACUGAUUUGGAUAAUGUAGAAGACCAUAUUACUAUUUCCUUACUUCAUAUUAAUAAUAGCAGUAGCUGUGGCAGUAGAGAUGAUGGUGGUGGUAGCAAUAGGGCCAACAGCGGCAGUGACAAUAAUGGUGGUGAGAGUGGUAUCUUGACAGUGUGGGGAGAGUGUCGAUGGUGGCUAUAAAGGAAGUUGCUUAUUUUUUCUUUUGCUCCAUAAAAAGUAAUAACUGAAAGAAGAAAAGAAAACUAAAUUAAGUCCUAACUUAUGUCUUGUGAGCCAAUAAAACACUUAAGUGAUCAUUUGUUUUUGAAAGAUUAUUUAUUUUCUUAACAGUUGUUAAAUCAGAAUGCUUUUUUUUUGUAGUUGUAAAUUUUAAAGAGAAGGUAAAUUAGGUUGAAGGGUAUAAGAGUAAGUUGCACUCUUUGUGAUUAAUUAUUUUUUUUCUUUUUAGUCCUUAAAAACCUCUUUAUAUAACACUGUAUAUUCAAUAGAUUCUAUAUCAAACCAUUUUUAACAUGUUAUCAGAGAUUUAAAUUAAGAAAUUCCAAACUCUUUUACAAAUCCUAUUCGGUUUUCAUUGCCUUAAUUAGAAAACCCUAAAAUGGGCCAACUUUUAUUGCUAGCCACCACAACCAUAGCUGCCGGCCACUACAGACUAGCCACUUCCAUCACAAGCCAAAAUAGUAGUUGGCGAUCUCCACCACGGCUGACCUUCAUUUCUGGAUCUAGUUUUCCCAGCCAAGUCACAUUCAUUGUCUGAUCCAGUUUGCCAAAUCAAGUCGCGCACAACCUUAGACGCGGUCACACAGUUGUAUAAUCCGCCUUGGUGCACAACCCUAGUCACCACAAUCUGAGUAUUUCUUAGCCGUGGUCGCCUUCAGUCAUGACCUCCAGAUGCGACACUGCUUUUUUUUUUGAGAUAAAAGUGAGAAAAUGUAUUAAAAAGGCACCAAGGGAAUGCCACUCGUAUACGAAAGAUUUACAGAUCAAUUCUUGUAUCUACAAUAGAAACAAAAUCAACAAUACUACCAAAGUUGUAUUCAAGAACAAUAGACCCAAAAAGGUGCAACCAUUUAUCCUUGAUAGCGACAAAAUCCGAUUCUUUACCUCAAAAGCUCUGCUGUUCCUUUCUUUCCAAAUAAUCCAAAAGAUAAUCAAAGGAAUAGGUGACCACUAGAUUCGACUUCAUUGUUGCAGUGUUGCUCUCUGUCAUGACCAGGCAUGACCUCCAAACAUGAGGAAAAACCUAGCCACGCAACUCUCUGUCGCACCAGAUGCGACCACAGUAUUUGGUCCAACAAUGCACAAUUCUUUGUUGGCACUUAAUCCGUGCAAAGUUCUCUUGGUCACCCUUUUCGUGACCAGACGCGAGCAACUUCCUGGGCGCAAGAGCUCCAUUUGCUAGGAGCUCUGAAGUGACAAGAUGAGUCACAUCUGUAGAGGCGACAAAUGAGCAGAUGCAGACAAAUGACCUGCCUCUCCUUCCACAGCUCGAGUUGACUUAGUGAGUUUUUGUUUUUAAUCUGAAGUUGAGUCAGUAAGUUCCUAAUCCCAGUUGACUCUGUCAAUUCCUAGUCCAAGUUGAUUUAGUGAGUUGACUCAGUGACCCAAGGUAGAGCCAGAUUAGUUGCAAACUGCAGAUUCGCUCUUUACUACAUGUUCAAGGUAAAAUCCUUCUGAUAAUUAUUUUAUUUUCGACUUCAAUUACCAUAUAAUUUUUAAAGGAUGUUGGAGGUAACAUAUUAAAAUACUGGAGUAUAUUUCCACAUGGGAAAUUCCACCAGCGAUUUUCAGCCAAUUCAAGCUGCCUACUGGCUCAUAUGAAAAGAAUAUCUGAGCUUGUUUCAAUUAAUUCUGACCGCCCUAAAAGUAAAACAGAAGCUUAGUCAUUUUCUGGGUAUUGAGCCGGAACCUGGAGGCCCUACAUUUGAUGCCCGGGAUGAAAGAGAUUCAAUGGCCAUGACAUGGCUCUGGAACUCUAUGCCUCCAGUAAUAAGCAAAACUGUAAUGUUUCUUUCCACAACAAAGAAGGCGUGGGUUGUAAUUGGUGAAACUUACUCUAAAGUCAAGGACGUAUGCACAAAUUUAUAAGUUGAUGGUCAAGACAUGGUCUAUGAAGCAAGGGGUUAGGAUAGUAAAUGAAUAUCUUAAUAUCUUAAAAAACUGGUGGCAAGAACUGGAUGAAUACUAUAGCCUGACCAUGGAUUGUAGCAGAGGUAUGGUCUGUCUCAAAAGAUUUGUAGAAAAAGACCAUGUACAUUAACUUUUGGCAGGACUAAAUCCUGAGUAUGUUCAAGUGCUAAUCCAUAUCUUGGAAAAAGAAAUGUCAUUACUCAGUGAGGUAAUUUCCAAUAUAACAUCGGAAGAAAGCAGGAAAGAGGUCAUGCUAGAAUCUCGCUCCACUAAUCGUUCAACCCUGAUCUCACGAGGUUUCAUAUCUCGUCAGCAAUCAAAGGAAGUAAGUUACCUUGUGAACUCAACUUUGGGAGCAGAUAGUAGAGACAAUCUUUGUUUCUUAAAAAUGUUUCUAAAAUGUUGAAAACUGCAUGACAAAGUUCAAUACCUACAACACAGAGUGUGGACACAAGAAUACAUAAUGUCUUAUUUCUCUUAUUAUCUUUUGGGUGCUGUAGAAAGAAAUGAAUCGAAGUACUUUUGAAAGGGUGGUAGAGGAUUUUGAUAUGGUUAGAGUUAGAUGGUAUCAAACCUUGGGUUUUUUAGUUACGGAUAACUCGUUAUACUCUAUAAAGGAUUUUGGUAACCUUAUCGAUUUUAUGGUUGACAUGUAAAUAUCUUUUGUAUAUGGUUUGUGGUUUGACAUCCCAUUAAUGUUUGUAAUUAACGAAUACAUACUAUACUUUUUAUCUCAAAAAAAUACGAGAUGCUAGCACAUGUCAGAAUAUGUGGAUGCUAACUAAUAAACUUUUCUAUAGAGUAGGUAAAUGGUUGUUAUUAUUGCAGAGCUUAAAGCCAAUAGAUUGAAUUGCUAUUAAGAAAAAUCAAAGGGUAAAACAACUGCACAUUUUCUGCAAAAAAAAUCAGAAACCCCUUAAGUCAGAUAGCCUACAGAAAACCCUUCAUUUUAAGAAUCAGGAAAUUUUAUUUUAACAUUAAAUCUAUAUUUGCAACCUUAAUGGUAGUCACUGUUGAAAUUUUGUUAUGCCACUUUAGUUUACUUUUGGUACAUCUCCAUAAUUUUUGUCAUAUUAGCGUAAAUAUUUCCGCAUCAGCUCAUAUGUGGCUAAAGUACUGCCCUUUCAAACUAAAAAAAUUGUCAAAAAAGAAAACCAGUUAGACUGGUUGCCUGAUGGUUGGGCAGGUCCCGAUACUUAAGCUACCAGACCAUGCAAGGAAUAUUUGGCCUGCUUCCAGUGUGGAGGGAGUAGGAAGGUGCUAUAUUAACUUGUAAGAUAAGGUGGUGCUGUUGAAGAGGGUGGCACAAAUUCCACAGUUGGAGAAGUGGUUGGUGGGUGUUUGGAUGCAUAAUAAAUAAGGCGAGCUUGAUGACAUUGGCUGAUGGGGAAGAGUAAAUCAGUGGCUCAUGGCAGCCUGUGCAGCUAUGCUUCAUUCUAAAUCUGUAGUUUAAUCCUCUUUGGUUCAUAUGUAUUUGAAUAACAUCCAAAAUAGGAAUGCCUAGGUUGUUAAAUAGACAGAGGAGCAGUUGGCCUGGUGAUCUGGUUAGGUGAUCAGGAUUGGAUGCUUUGCCUUUUUGUUUUCCAUUUUCCUAUGCAUUUUUAGUAUUCGUUUUGAAAUAAAUGCUUUACUUUCGACAUAAUUAUUAAUUGAAACCUGUUUUAUAUAAAAUUGAAAGAAGAGUAUGUAGUAUGAAGACAAGAGUAAAUUUGUAAAAUUUUGGGCUAUAGUUCAAAUAUCUAUCAAAUGAAUGGAGUGUAUUAUGGUGUUUUAACUGUUAUUAUAACUUAAAAGCAUAAUGUCACAGGGAUUUUGCAGGUUUCUAUCAACAGUUGGUACCUUUCUGCUAGCUACUAAAAUGGAGGUGGUUCUGUAGAUUUUCCUUGUUAUAAUAGAUUCAUCUGUAGCUUGGGAUUAAGAUUCUCAGUGUCAUUGGAUAGUAAUAAAACAAUUAGGAACUCUGAUAAAUUUAGGCAUGUCUGAUGAUGAUUCUGAGUUGUCGCUAAGCAUGGCUUUUAGUAAGUGAUUCACCUUAUCUAUGUAUUCUGCAAUGGGGAUGCAAGUUUUCCCAGAUGCCUAUUUUUGUUUUUAACUAUUCCGGUUCUUAAUUUGUUUCAGAGUGAACUUUAUUCUUCAGUAAGGUUUUUGGAAACAUGAAUGCCACGUUAAUAUUUUCCAAGUAAUAGGAAAUAUCUUUGAUGGAUAGGCUUCUUCAAGAAUCUGUUCCUAGUGCUGGUCAUUGGGCAUCAAACAGACAUCCAAAAUUGCUACAUUUUGAAGAAUUGUUUCUAUCAUGUAGUUGUUGUAUAUUUUCAACUUGUAGUACAGGAUGCUAUCUUGUCAUGAUGCAACGAGGAAAA